GAAUUAUCGAGAGCCGCCAUAUUUGGAUGGUGGCUUGUCAGUGAUCACCUAAUGAAGACAAUCUUUAUCGAAAAUAAUCAAUGAAUACGAUUAAUUCUUGUUAUUCAAACGAAUAGAUAUAUACCCGAUGCUUUAUUUAUCCUUUUGGAAGUAACUGACAGUCAUGGAUCAAGGGGAUAGCCCAUCUUCGUCCCUUCAGUCCACCGGCGACACAGGCCAGCUCUUGCAAGAGUUGUUAAAUCUUCAGAAAUCAAACGCUCUUUCCACAGGAAGUUUGAUUGUUCCACCUGGUACAACACUGAAUCAAGUAACAGAAAGUGGCGAAGUUCCCGGGUCAGGUGGUGCAACCAAUCCAACGCUGGCAGAACUAAUGAUGACGAUGUAUGAUGCACCAGUACCAAGACAACUGAUCACUCUACAAGGAAGUGACACUGCCAACAGUUUUAGUGUGUAUGGUAGAGAGGUGGAGAUAAUUACCAGCAAACCUAAUGAUGCAAUUAGCUCUCAAGCCAAAACGGGCAGCAAUAAGGUGAAGACUACGCCAGUUGUGAAGUUUGAAUGGGAGCCAGUGUAUUAUGUUGGAAAUUUGGUUACGCUACACCGACUUAAUAUUUAUGCUGCGUACUCGCUCCGAGGGAAGUCUGGUGGUGUUGUGCGGAUCAUUAACAGGAAGACAGCGGAGCGGGCGUUACUGAAGGAUCUAACAGGACGUGUGGUAGACAUAGCAUUCGCUUACACCGAUGAUGUCAUCCUGGCAGCUGUUGAUGAAAUAGGAAAUCUUCUUGUCCACAGCGUCAAAGAGGGAGAGGAUAAAAAGCUUCAAGUACCACUGCUGCUGAAGAUAUCUCGUCCUCGGGGAACCCCCUCCACGGAGUACCAUCGGGUUAUCUGGUGUCCCUUUAUUCCUGACGACUGUGACGACAGUUCCGCUACAGAGUCUUCUACUCAGGAUGCGUCCAGAGUUCUGGUGCUGACGCACGGAGAAAGGUCUGAGAUUUUGAAUGUAGACAUAGUGACAAGGGAGCAUGGCAGCGGACCUAUAUCAGUAGAGGAUGUGGAGUACGGGCUCAUCCGAAUCGACAGUCACACACAGGCUGUGAUGGAUGCUGCCUUUUCUCCUGAUGGCACAGCCCUCGCUACAGCUAGUCUAGAUGGAGAGGUCAAAUUCUUCCAAGUCAACAUGAGUGAAAGUACUUCUCCAAGAUGUUUACAUCAAUGGAAGCCACACGAUGGGAAACAGUUGUCUUCCUUGUUCUUUCUGGAUGAUCACAGAAACUCCAGUGCAGAUACUCAGUUUUGGAGGUUUGCUGUCACUGGAGCCUGUAAUAACCAGGAAAUUAAAAUCUGGAGCUGUGAAUCUUGGGUCUGUCUCCAGACAUUGAGAUUUAUGUGUCCACCAGAUCUGCCCACAAACUUUAGUGCUGAACCCUGUAUGAAAGCAGGAUUAGAUCUGAGUGCUAAGUACUUGGUGCUCUCUGAUAUAAAGAGACAGGUGCUGUAUGUUUUACAAAUACACCAAGACUCGGCUGCCAACACGGCUCAUGUCAGUUCUGUUUCCGAGUUCCUCUUGGCACAAUCCUGCCUCAGCUUUGCCAUCCUGGAUGCCAGCAAGAAGAAGUUUAAGAAAGUCACAGAAGAAUCUCAUCUGGAUGAAAUAACCACUGGUGAAUUGGAUCGAGAUGAUGGAGGGGAGGAUCCAGAACAGAGACAGGAGGUGGUAAAUGCCUCAGGAGUACAGAUCAAGCUCUACACUGUCCAUCCCAAAGCCCUGCAGGAGUUGCUGAUUCGAUUUCGACCCGAGUCGUCUGCACCCCCUGCCCCGACACCUUCUGUUAGUACGAUCUCUCAUGAUGAUACAGGUCUCCAGGAUGCUUUGUCUGACAUGAGUUUCAGUCUGGACAGUAGCCGAGUGGACAACACCUCCCUCCAACAAGACCCACCUGUCCUGCUCACACCUGAUGCUUUCACUACAGCUAGUCCAAGAAAAGACCUGUCUAUAACUGACCCAAUCCGAGCCAGUGGAUCAAGUACAAGCAGCUUUACACAAGUCACAGGUCUAAAUGAGGAAAUGUUCUCCCCCCACAGUUCUGGGGACCAGUCAGUUUUAUCUGAUGGUAGCACAAUCACUCAGACCCCCACAGAGAAAGACGUGGUCUCUCCUGGCAGAUAUCAACAAGAAGUGACCCCCACCAAACUACCCCAGACAGGAGAGAGUCUGACCAGCAUUGAGGAAAGCACCGCAGAAGACAAACCGUCUGCUCUGCAGAAAGUGUGUGUAGAUGAUUUGUUUGAUAGCACCAGGCAAAGCCUGGAACAGACAUUAAACAGCACUGACUCCACCAGACAGUCUCCAGAAAAUACCAGCAGCACCACAGGGUUUGAAGUAGGUCAGCUGGGGGCACAGAAACUGUCAACAAUGAAGGAAUCUUACGAUGAGAAUGAUGAGGAGGUAGCUGAGGUGUUAGGGGAGUCUUAUAAAGAGGAAGAGGAGGAGGCGGUAGAGGAAGAAGUCGAGGAGAGCCUAGAGGGUGGCCCACAGAGCACACAGCCAUUUGAAGAACACAGUGGGGAUAUGGGUUCUGAUACCAUGCCAACCUCUUGGCCCAAACCUCCAGAUGUCAGCACAGAGGCGCGAGGGCUGGAGGAUGUACAGAAUGAAGAUGACUACACUGAAGAUGAUGAUGUACAAGUGGAAGAAGAGGAAGAAGUUUCUAAGGGAGAGAACUAUGGAAAGACUGAAGAUAAUAGGAAUGGUUUACACCACUUACAGGAUGGCAGUAGUGAGGAAAUUGAGGAACAAAUAGAGGAACAUAGUGAAGAUUUACAAAGUCCCAAAGAGGCACCGAUGGCCGCUCCUGUGGCGAAACAAAGGGAAAUCAUUAAAGAAAUUCACACCAAGGAAAUAAUCCGGGAAAAUGUGGACAAAGAAUCCAUUACUGCUCUGAGUGAGAACAUUCACAGUAUACUGGCAGUACUAGAGGCCCAGAACUCUAAGAUAGAGUCCCUACAGUACCAAUUAGCAGAACAGCAGGCUCGUCAGACAGAGAUCCACCGGCAGCAGGUGGAGAACGAGCUCGUGGCACAGCCAUCACAAAACAUUGAGGAACACCUCGGCAAGCUUGAGGGUAUUGUGACAUCACGAGUGGAGAGGAUGUUUACCCAGCAUGCCCAGAGAGAGAACCAGAGAAUGAGAGAACUAUUGCAGCAGACAGAGCAGAGAGACAAGCAGCGACAGGACAGACUACAGCAAAUACUGAUUCAAACCAUGAACAAUGCAGUGACCAGCAACAUGGAGAAACAAGUCCGACAGGAAAUGUGCAACACCGUUCUUCCCAAUGUGACAAGAAUUCUUGAGCCUCUGAAGGAACAGAUGCACCAAGAAAUUGCCCAAAAGCUGACCGCUGCUGACUCCAUAAUGAAGGACAGUAUAGGGAAGAUGGUCCGGUCACGACAAACAAUAGAAGCAUUGGGUGUGGCUGCGGGGAGUGUGUUGCAGACUCCCAUACAGCUGGCAUACAGGGAAGCCUUCCAGAACAUAGUGGUGCCUAGUUUUGACAGAGCCAUGCAAAACAUCUUUCAGCAAGUCAAUGAAGUCUUCGUCAAGGGAACUAGGGAAACUACGAAGCAUUUGGAUGCUCAUUUGAAUGAGUUGCGCGAGAAACACACGGAGGCUCGUGAUCCUAUUAUUGCACAGCUUCGUAAACUGACAGAGAGUUUCCAGUCAUCAGCUGACUCGAUACAGCAGCAGGUGCUCUCCACGAUACAGAGUAGAGUCAAUGCUGAGAUCCAGUCUGCACUGUCCAACCUAGAGGAAUCUAUAGUGAGAUAUGUCAGGCAGGCAGUGAAAGAGGAAGUUAGUAUAGCAGUGAGGGAACAGGGAGCUAGCAUCAGUGACAGCGUGCUGCUCGCCAUGAGAUCAGGGGCCGUAACUCCUGUACAAGUCACACCUGAUCCCCAUCAGCUACAAACUCAAAUACUGAGUCUUUUGAGACAAGGGCAACUCAAUACAGCAUUCCAGCAGGCAUUAUCAGCAUCAAAUCUUGACCUUGUUGUAUUUGUGUGUGAGACGGUGAAUCCUUCUCAAGUGUUUAACCAGAGUCCAUGCCCUCUCCAACAACCCGUCCUUCUGUCCCUGAUACAACAGCUGUCAGCUGAUAUAGGAAACAACACAGAACUUAAACACAAAUAUUUAGAAGAGGCCGUGAUGAAUUUGGACACAUCAAACCCAGUGACUCAAGGUCACAUGAGGGGAGUUUUAAUAGGACUUAUUCAUAAACUCAAGACCUACAUUACUGCCAACCCAAAUGACAAAACUACUCGUUCGUUACGCAUGUUACAAAUGGCAUCAGAAUCGUUACUGAAGUGAACAGGAAUUCUGAAGAUUUAACUGCCAUAACUGUUGCAUCACACAAAGCAUGUUUUGUACAAGGAAGAUUCAUCUGAUCAUGAAGCCAUUUUAAUUGAGGUCUCUGUAUUACCCUUGGGGGUUCAAUAUGCGUGUUAAACAUCAUAUUUUUUCUCCACCAUUAUGAUGUUUCGAAGUUAGAUAGCUAAAUAUAUUUACUUUUUGGUGUUCUGUCAUUCACCAAGCAGAUUGAAGUACAUGUAAUUAAAAAUUAUCAAAUUAAUCUAUCCACCAAGCAGAUCGAAGUACAUGUAAUUAAAAAUUAUCAAAUUAAUUUGAAGUUAGUGUAGUUAAAUACUUUUUUUCCUAAGGAAAAAGUUGCACAUGUAGAUCAUCUAGUUUUUGUAGUUUCCUGGGAACAGUAAUAGUUAAUGUACAUUUUCUCCUUUGAUUCAUAGCUCUGUAGGUUUCAUAGCAGAGAGAAAUUCAAGUCAACCACAUAUGUCUUUUGCAAUUUGUUCAUCAAAUUGUUUUGAUAAAACUUUGGGGAUGUUGCAUCAUGAAGUAUGCAGAUUUGAUGUUUUGUUAUCGGUAGAACAUUUGCGCCUUAUUAUCUAUACACUCAGUUUAUAAUGGAAGUGACUGACAGCAUAUCCUUUUGUUUAUUUUUUUUCUCCAUGUUUUGUAAUUUCCAAGGAAGCUUUUUCAUGUUGUGCUUUUGAUAAAAGUAAGUUUGAUUUUGAGAAAUGUGAAUGUCAGUUAAAGCUGAAGUGUAGCUGUUAGUGGGAGUAUAAAUGUUAGUACACGGAAGCCGAGUCGAAUGAUAGCAGUUGUUUCGUAAACAUCAAAUAAUGUUUACAUGUAUUGGUCUUUAACUGUGAUAAAUUGAAAUAAAUUUGUAAAAUGAU